AUGUCAAUGUGCUUAAAAAUAUUACAAACUUUGCGCCGCUUGUCAUCUACAAAUUACCCUAAAAUUGUACCAGAUGUAUUAAAAACAGGUUAUUACAGAAAUAUACAUUUCAAUUCAAUAUUAAAAAUCAAAAUGUUUAUGGAAUAUGAGAACAGAUAUGCCUAUGAUAUAAUGGAAAAUAAAGGUUAUGCGAGAGGUUUAUAUCCUGAAAAAGUAAAAGAUACUUUACUGUCCACAGAAGAAUUCAGUAUGAUCCUGAAAGAAAAUUGGACUAGGAAGUCUCCUUCUGAAAUAUUCAAAGUAUUUUCGCUGUUAGGAAUGUACAGCUCUCAAAAUGAUAUGUGCAUUUCAAAUAACAUUUUUGACUCAUUCGUGGACCAUCUCACAGACAACAUAAAAUUUGCAUCAGAUGCAGAACUACAAGCUUUAUUUUAUUCUUUGUUAAAAUGGCCUGAAACUGAAUCUAUUCGCACUAGAAAUUACAUUGAAGUAUGGGCAGCAUUAGAUGAUGAAUGUCUGAAUAGAUUUAAACAGUGGUCCAUUGAUGAAAAUUUAUCCUUUUUAGCUUUAUUUUACAUGUUGAAUGUUUCAAGAGUAAGUGAUUUUUCACAAAAAGCUUUACAAAGAAUAGCUUCUAAAGCAAAACAAUUGUCUCCUGGUCAGCUAGUACAAACAAUGUUUUACAUUGGAGUAGCACGAAAACCACCAUUUGAUAUGCAUAAUUUGGAAGUACAUUUAGAAAAACUGUUUGCAGAAUUUACUUUAGACGAAUUAGCAAUAAUGUCAAUGGGAUUUUUUAAAAGCAAAACACCUAUCCGCAAUACUGAGUUAACAACAAAGAUUAUACAUAAAAUAAUUGAGAAUUCUAAAGAAACUCAUGAAGUGUCAUUAGCUGCAUUGUUAAAAGUCAUUCGUUACUCUUAUAAAGCAAAUAAUGAAAAUAUUAUAUAUAAUUUGUUGGAAAAAUUACAAUAUGAAGUUCCACGAUUAUCCAUAAUGUGUAAUGUUCAUUUAGCCUUGGUUGGUAUGUCGACACUCACAUUACAUAAAGAAUGUUUAGAUAGGAUAGCUGAAUUAACUCUCAGAUCUAUUUCUGAAACACGUCUUAAAGAUUUGGAGAGAUUAAUACUCACAUAUGGAACAUUUGAUUUGAUACCAAACACAAAAGAAAACUUUUUUGAAAACAUAAUAAAGGAGCUUAGAAAACCAGAAAGGUUAUCUGAAAUUGAAAGAUAUGGUAGAUCCUUUGCUUGUUGUAUUGCAUUUUUAGGGUGCUUAGGAAUUUAUCCUGUGGAUUUAAUGAAUAAAGUUCUCAGUAAAGAUUUUUUGUUAACAACAUAUGGUAAACAUGUUAUCACAUAUGGCAGGGAGGUGUUAUCAAUUCAUAAUUCAGCACAAUUGUUUUGUUCUGACCAAAAAAUUAAUCUCCUCAAUGAUAAAAGUGCUAUAAUUCUUGCCAAAAAGUAUACAGAUUUUGUACCUAGGGAAAAUUACCAAAAACAAUAUAAUGUGAAUGAAAAAGUAAUGUUGGAUAUUAUGAGAAUACUAAAAGCAUGUAGAGGUGGCGAUGAAUAUGUAGUAGGAGAUCACAUAGUGACACAUCAUCAAAGAGGAGAUAUAAUCAUAUGUAAUGACAGUAACGGAUCCCCAGUAAAAGUCAGAGAACAUUUUUAUAAUACUAAAUUUGGUUUAUUGCGAAGACCACCAGAUUCAAACAGUUGGGUUGCUCUUGUUAUUGCUGGAAAAAAUGGUGUUAUCAAUAAUACAGAUAUCCCAACUGGGCCCUUCAAAAGCAAACUUAGAGAAAUUGAAGCACUAGGGUUUUAUGGAAAUUUGAUAAUAUCAUCCAAAUAUAAUACGUUGACAUCUGAUGAAUCAAAAGCUGAUUACUUAAAUAACCUAAUAAAAGAAGCUACAGGACAUACUAAGAAUAAUUAA